AGAUAGUGUGCUUGUUUGAAAUAUCGUGUAAACCUUUUGUUAUACCGCGGCUGGCACUGUCAGCGAGAUCGCAGGAGAGCAAACUCCUCGGAUCAACCAGCCAAGAACUGUCCCCUUGUCACCUUGCAAUACACUGACCAGAGUGUCCGGGAUGGCCAUCGUCGACGCGCAAAGUUUUGACGACCGAGCCGGAGGUUCUGGGGGGCAUACAGCUUCUGCUUACUCGGUCGGCAAAGUGCCACUGGUUGUCACGACGGAGAUUGAUGGUUAUCCUCAGCCCGUCAAAGAUGGACAUACCGAUCCGAGCAGCGUCAAGUCGACAACAAGCAUCCACGAGGCACGUGUCGAGACUCUGGGAGUUCGAGACCCUCCGCUCAGCUACCCGAUCGGGGUCCCCAAGAGCGACUUUGAGCUUCAGGACCACGGCAUCGAUGAAAUCAGAAGCUUGAGAGUCGUCGUGAUCGGUGCUGGAUUGUCAGGUGUCCUCGCCAGCAUACUUUUGCCGGUCAAGGUGCCAAAGAUCGACCUGGUCGUGUACGAGAAGAAUGAAGACGUGGGAGGGACUUGGCUGGAAAAUAUCUACCCAGGAGUUCGUUGUGAUAUACCGUCAAACGUGUACCAGUCGACCUUCAUGCCAAAGACUCAAUGGUCCGAGAAAUUCGCCCGAGGUGCCGAGAUCCUCGAGUACUGGCAAAGUCGAGCUCGCGAGUACAAUGCGUACCGGUACAUGCGUUUCCAUUCGGAAGUUCGGACUGUUAUUUGGGACAAUGCGUCUUCACAGUGGCGGGUGACGAUCCAAAACACCAAAACGAAAGAGGUUUUUGUCGACAACGCUGAUUUUGUCCUCACCGCCACGGGACGUUUCAACACGUGGAAGCUCCCGGAAUACCCAGGCAUUGACGAAUACAAAGGUUUGAUACGGCACACUUCAAAUUGGGACCCUUCGUUCAACCCUAGAGGGAAGAACGUGGCCGUGAUAGGUAACGGGGCGAGUGGAAUCCAAGUGGUGCCCAGCCUACAGCUCAUGGUCAACCGUCUGGAUCAUUACGCCCGGAACAAGACCUGGAUCGCCGGAUCGUGGGCCGGCGACGAGAGGACCUUUGAGGCACAACCCUACUCGGCGGAAGAAUUGGCCUCAUUCGAGGAUCCUCGGGUUUAUCUCAAAUUCAGGAAAGAAAUCGAGGCCAAGUACUGGCGUCGGUUCGCCUCGACUUUCAGAGGGUCCAAGGAAAAUGAAGGCAUGCGCGAGCAGUUUAUAGAAAUCGUCAAGAAGCGGAUAGCGACGAAGCCUGAAUUGCUGGAGAAGCUGAUCCCCGACUUCAACCCCAACUGCAGACGCUUGACCCCGGGGCCGGGGUACCUCGAGGCCAUCACUCAAGACAACGUCGACUUCGUCCAGACGCCGAUCGAGAAGUUCACGGCGACUGGGAUCCAGACGGUGGACGGCAGGCACCGCGAGGUGGAUGCUAUAUUUUGUGCGACCGGGGCUAGUUUGGCACCACAAUUCGACAUCGUCAGCAACGGAGUCAACCUGCGAGAGUUCUGGAGCGCCGAAGGACCGAAUGGCUUCCCGUACUCGUACCUGGGUCUGGCCACGCCGGGGUUCCCAAACCUCUUGUUCAUCGCAGGACCUCACGGCACCGGCCCGUCAGGGACCGUCCCACACAGUGUCGAGGUGCAGUUGACGUACUACGCGAAGGUUCUGCGAAAGGUCAGCAGCCAAGGGAUAGCGACGAUCGUGCCUUCACGACAGGCGGCCGACGACUUUGUCGAGUACUCGGACGCGUUCUUCCGGAAGACCGUCCUCACGGACAACUGCAGCUCGUGGGCCAACGGUGGGCGACCGGGUGGGAGGAUCCACGGCAUCUGGCCUGGCAGUGCGGCACAUGUGACGACGGUCAGACGGGAGCCGAGGUGGGAGGACUGGGAAUACAGUUACCUCAACAACAGCAAGAACAGAUUCGCGUAUUUCGGCAACGGCUGGACAGGCCUCGAGGCCGAUCCGGAAUCAGACAUAACGUCCUACCUGAGGGUGCCGUCGGAGAUUGAUCUGAAAGACUUGCACGAAAAGUGGUGGGAUUUUCCUUAGCUGGACGCGCCUAGAUUCAUCGUGAGACCAUGAUAGACUGAUGCGUGGAAGCAACGAAAUGUGAUUAGACGUGGCGGUCUGACAUGCCAGCUGAAGGGUAUCGAGCUGCUCUCAAUAUCAUGUCUGUUUCCGGUUCCAAGCGUGUCUUUGUUAA